CAACCAACUAACAUUAUAAAAUAAAUGCAACUGAGCAAAAGGUUCCACAUUCAAAGCCUGUGGCCGGCCAAGCAUGUGGUUCGCAAUCUGUCCAUAGCAAUCCGAGCAUCAGCCAUGACGAAUAGCUUUCUAGAAAUCAGAGAAAUAUAAUAUUAUUUUGCUUUUGGGUUACUCGCUAAUAAUUGAAGUACAGUGCUUCUCCAUUGCCACUUGCAAUCUUCAUCAUCUUAGUAUAUAAAAUGAGUCUUUGAUCACUGCACUUCAUCCCUUCCAAACAGGUUCUAGCUUUUCUGCCAUGGGCUCCAAAGCUAAUGAUCUCCACAUGCUCUUCUUCCCUUUCAUGAUGCAGAGCCACCUGCUCCCCUUGGUCGACAUGGCUAACAUCUUUGCAUCUCGAGGUGCCCGCAUCACCUUCCUUACUACCGAUGUCAACGCCUCAAUAAUCCGCCCCACCAUAGAUGACUCUGUCCAUCUCCACAUCAUCUCCAUUCCCUACGCCGAAUUCGGCCUCCCCGAUGGGUGCGAGGACAACGACUUUCCCCUUUCGCUUGACUUGCGCAAAAAUUUCUUCAAAGCUGUUGCCUCGCUUUAUCACCCUUUUGAUGCUGUGCUUAGAGAUCUCAUACCUGAUUGCGUUGUCACAGAUAUGUUCUUGCCGUGGACAUAUCAUGUUGCCGCCGCAAGAGGUAUUCCACGACUUGUCUUCCAAGGCAUCAGCAACUUUUCACUCUGCAUCAUGGAUGCUUACGAGCGGUGCCGCCCACUAGUGGGUGAAGCUGAGUCCUUUGUCCUUCCUGGCCUCCCCCAUCGUAUAGAGUUGUUAAAAACUCAAGCCUUAGACUUAAAUAAAUUAGCAGGAACACCCAUGGAGUUCAUGCUGGAGAUAUUUAAAGAGAUAAAUGAGGUGGAGCCAAAGAGCUAUGGCACGGUGAUGAAUAGCUUCUAUGAGUUGGAGUCGGAGUAUGCUGAUCACCAUCGUGAGGUGAUGGGUAGAAGGGUGUGGAAUAUUGGCCCUGUUUCGCUCUGCAACCAAAAUGUGACAUAUAAGUCAGCAAGGGGUGGGGAGCAACCAACAUUAGCUAGUGAGUGCUUAAAAUGGCUCGACAAAAAAUCAAGGGGCUCGGUCGUGUACAUAUGCUUUGGUAGUAAGGGCCUUUUCUCAGUGGCUCAAUUGAAAGAAAUGGCACUCGGUCUUGAAGCAUCAAAUCAUUCAUUUAUUUGGGUCGUACAGAAUGGGAAAAAUAAUUGGUUUCCAGAGGGGUAUGAUGAGAGAAUUAAAGGGAGGGGGAUGGUGAUAAGAGGAUGGGCUCCACAACUAUUGAUAUUGAAUCAUAUUGCAGUUGGGGGAUUUGUGACUCAUUGUGGGUGGAAUUCUAGUUUGGAGGGGAUUUGUGCAGGGUUGCCGAUGAUCACAUGGCCUUUAGGUGCUGAACAGUUUUAUAAUGAGAAGCUUUUGGUGGAGGUUUUGAAGGUUGGGGUAGAAGUGGGGUCCAAAGUGUUUGAUUUUAAUCCAGAGACCAGGCCAAUUAUUGAGGCCUCUAUAAUAGAGGCGGCAGUUCGAAAUUUGAUGGGGGAAGGGGAGGAGGCAGUUGAGAGGAGGAGGAGGGCAAAGAUUCUAGGGGAAAAUGCAAGGAGAGCUAUCGAGAAGGGAGGAUCUUCGUAUAAUGAGAUUGAAAAAUUGAUGCAAGAGUUGAUAAAUCAGAGAAAGCAUGUGUAGCUUAGAUCAAGGUUAUCUUCAUUCUUCCAACAUUAAUGCCUAGUUUUGUAUGCUGCAAUUUUGUUUGAAACAAGAAACCAUUGAAUAUGUUU